UGCGUUAUCCUUUCUACAGGGAAGAAACGGUUGGAGAAGAAAGGAGAGUGACACUGCCAGCAAUGGUGUUGGCAUGUGCUGUUGCGCUUUCUUCCACACUUUUAGUCCAAAAGUCUGUUCCUUUGAUUUCACAAAGUUCAGGGACAUCAUUUGGUUCCUCUUUACUAUUCAGCAGAGAGAAUGAUUCUGUUGUUCCACUUCUUGUUGUGUGUCAUGCUAAGAAGAAACUCAAUUUUGUGGACCAAAUUCUUGAUUACAUUGAAGGGGGUCCCAAAUUAAGGAAGUGGUAUGGUGCACCUGAUCUUGAAAAAGAUGGUACUGCCACAGAAGAAUAUGGUGAUGAUGAUUAUCCGGAAGAUGAAGUCAGGGAUGCAGUGCUGGUAACAGAUGGAGAUAGUGAGAUGGGUCAGAUGGUGAUAUUGUCAUUGAUUGUGAAAAAAGCUCGAGUAAAGACACUGGUCAAGGAUAAAAGGGUUGCACUUGAAGCCUUUGGAAGUUAUGUUGAGUCAAUGGCAGGAGAUACAAAUGACAAUCGGUUCCUCAAGAAAGCUCUGAGAGGAGUUCGCACAAUUAUAUGCCCAAAUGAGGGUUUUCUUUCCAGCAUUGGGAGCCUUCAAGGGGUACAACAUGUAAUCCUCUUAUCUCAGUUGUCAGUUUAUAGUGGUAAAAGUGGCAUUCAAUCUAUGAUAAAAAGCAACGCAAAGAAAUUGGCUGAGCAAGAUGAAUCAAUAUUAAAGACUUCAGGAAUUCCUUACACCAUAAUUAGAACUGGUGCGUUACAAGAUACACCUGGUGGGAAGCAAGGCUUUACCUUUGAUGAGGGUUGUGCAGCUAGUGGAAGUAUAAGCAAAGAAGAUGCUGCCUUUGUUAGUGUAGCAGCCUUGGACUCUGUCCCUCAAACUGGAUUCUUAUUUGAGGUGGCUAACGGGGACAACAAAGUUUCAGAUUGGAAAGUAUGUUUGGCCACAUUGAUGGACAAAGCUAGUCAGCAACUUCAGUGACUGUUUUCAUUGUUUACGUGCGUUAUGGGCUUAAAUGGGUUUGUAUUUCAUGAGAGAAAAAACAAGUUUUGUUUUUUUUUUUCUUGCAGUGUACAAAAUUGUUGGUUGCAGACUAGACCGCAUAUUUUAGGGGCACUGGUUAAAUAACUAAUAAAUAAAUAAAAUUAUUAAAAUUACGAUAGAGAUACAUUAAAAUUUAUAAGGGGGUAUAUUGUCACAUUUUUUAAUAAAUUCUUUUCUUAAGGAUAUUGAUUACUAAAAUUUGUUAUUAUGACUUAAGGAAUCUUUGGCACCACUUCAAUGAGCUAAGGAUACUCUAUUGAAUCCAACAGCAGAUGGUG